GAACGUUCCGAUAUUCUAAACUCGUGAUUCUAGUUAAAAGUAUACCAUAUUAAAACAUACUGCAAAGUUAUUAACUAUCAGGAGUAUUUUUAAAUCAUCAGUAUUCCAUUCAGAUUGGCGGAUCUGUUAAAUUCUUUCAGUGUCUUCUGCUUGACUUUUAUUGCGCCGACGCAGGCGGAAAUUUCGCAUCCGUUACCACUUCCUCAAGCGCAAGCAGUCGCCAUAUGAGUGAAACUUCUAUGUACUUUGUUGUUCACGUUGUAGAAAAGAAGUAUAGGUUUGUGUGUAAAGACGCCAUUUCUUUAUGCUACUUUUCUGUAGAAUUUUAAUAAAAUCUUGUUGACACAUUCGAACAUUCUUAAUGUGUUGCACAGGUAUCAUCAUUAUGAUCUAAUACCUACGUAAGACUAAAGGAGUGCCGAUUAGACACUUCUUCAAUGGCAGUGCCCUGGUGAUUUCUGCUUACCUGAGUGAGGAGCGUGACAGAUUGCACAUUGAUGUUGGCCCCGGACCAGUUACUUGCGUUACAAACUCUUUUAAAUCUUGUACUAGUGUUUAUGAACUGAGAAAGAUGUGUUCUUUCUCACCAGUGUUGGUUGACAGUCAGAGCGAGAGCUGAUGUCAUAAACAGUGAAAACUGUGCAGUGAAUUUUUUAUGGGGUUAUGCUUUUCUUGCAGAAAGUCUAGACUGAACAGUGUAAAGUCUGAAUAUUUUUCUGCAUCAGCAACACCACUCCAUGUUUGUGUUGAGGAGCAAAGAGGACCAGAAUUGGGUUCAUCUUCUAAAGAAAUUUGCCAGUACACAGGUUACAUAAAGAUGGCAAACACUAUGUCAAACAUGAAAAUGACCAAUCCUAUUAAAGGUCUUGUCAGUAAGAGACGAAAAAGAUACACCCAAGAUGGAUUCAAUUUGGAUCUUACAUGUAUCCUUUGUUUACACUUUCCAGUUACAUUUUUCUUGCAAUUAUUAUAUAGGAAUCAUAUUGAUGAUGUUGUAAAAUUCUUGGAAGCUAAACAUAAAGACCAUUACAAAAUUUAUAAUUUGUGUUCAGAGCGUUCAUAUGACGUAGCAAAAUUCCAGCAGCGUGUUGCCAAUUACCCAUUUGAUGAUCACAACCCUCCAAAGAUGGAACUUAUUGGACCAUUUUGUACAGAUGUCCACAAUUGGCUGUCACAGGACCACAGGAAUGUUGCAGCAGUUCACUGUAAAGCAGGAAAGGGUCGUACUGGCGUGAUGGUAUGUUGUUAUAUGUUACAUAGUAAGCAGUUUCCAACAGCCAAUGAGGCACUCAACUAUUAUGGUCAGAUGAGGACCCUUGAUACGAAGGGUGUGACCAUACCCAGCCAGCGGCGUUACGUAGGUUAUUAUGCAUCUUUAUUACAAGAACAAUUAAACUACCAUCCAGUGACACUUCUCAUCAAAGAAAUUCACCUAGAACCCAUGCCAACUAUUAAUGGAGGACAGGCUUGCCUUCAGUUAGUGAUCUCUGAGUCGAGUACAAAAGUGUUCUCAUCGCCAGUAUAUGAAGUGAAGAAGGGUUCUCCUUCUUUUCACAUUUGCUUGGAGCAGUAUAUCCCUUUGCAAGGUGAUAUCAAGGUGGAGUUCUUCAAUAAACCCAAGAUGAUGCGGAGAGAGAAGAUGUUUCAUUUUUGGUUCAAUACAUUCUUUGUUCGUGAAGAAGUACAAGUACCUGAGGCUUCUGUGAACGGAAAUGAGGACAUGGAUAUGAUGCCUCCUGAACGUUCUAGCCGAGCCAUGAGCUGUGACGAACAAUCCCAUGUGCCACCUCUUAACAUUCGGCAACCAAGAACUGGUUCUCUUGUGUCGCUAGAGCCAAACAUGAAGAUGUUGGUGCUACAGCUUGAUAAAUGGGGACUUGAUGAUGCCCAUAAAGAUAAGCAGAAUAAGGUUUACACCUCAGAUUUUAAGGUGAGUUUGUUCCUUCACCGAGUUCCCACAGAAUUGGGUUCGGUCCCUCCAAUGGAGCAGUGCUGGUCACGUAGCAGGCAGGCUACCAAGUUCCAAGAAACACCAAGUGAAUCAUCAGGAAAUGAUUCAAGUGAGUCUGAUACAGCCGAAGAGGAAGAAGAGGAGGAUGGUUGGGAGUCAGUGGAUUCUGCAGAGCGAAGGGUGGGCAGAUACCGUCUCCUGUCCGAUCCUGACUUCAGGCAUUCAGGCCAACUCUUUCAGUCGUGAUGUCAACGGGGAUGGGAUUUUGGGUCUGUUGUAAUAGGGUGCAAGGGUCCUGACUGAAAUAUUGACAUGGGGGGGGACAGCAGCAGAAGUCAGACUGUCUACAAACAUUCAUUUCUGUUGUUCCAAUAUUGUACAAUGGGAUCAAGAAAAGAGAGCAUCAAGUUCUUAAAUUUAGGGUAUUGUUGUGAAGUACAGCAAGUGAAUAUAUAGUGGUUGUCCAAAAAGGGAUAUGCAUAUCUCUGUUAAAAUUUUGGACAGAUCUCCAUUUGAUCAUCUGCUGAUGGUUAGUGUUACGAAGAGGGGGUGUAAGGGUAGGGAUGAUAUGCAGAACACUGUCUAUCCUGAUUUGGUACCAGAGGUAGAGUGUUUGUGUGACUGGCUUUGUUAGUGUGGCUAACACUUUGUAAAAUGAAAAAUAAAAAGUUUUAUAUUUUAAUUUUGUGUUUCAGUGGUACUCCAUACACAAGAACAUUGAAAGACUCUAUUUUUCAUUUUUCAAAAUGUUUGGUUGGCUAACAUGGUUAACAUGAACACUUUGCCCCUGCUUAUUACAGAGCAGUUGCUUGGAAAAGACAGUCUUUAGGAAAUAGUGCUGAGUGCAUCUUGUAUAUUUGAGCCACUGGAUAAUUUGCAGGUUCAGUUGUCUUACUGUAUUCCCUUUAGUGGAAACUGAGGCCAUAUUUCAUUCAGACAUUAGUAUUUUUUGAAACAUUGAAGGUUAUGAAUUUCUUAUUUCAUGUUGAUUCAGUGUCUUGGGGGUUUGUGAUAGUCACAUAUAAAUUAGCCAUUGUUUUUUAUUUUACUUAUUCAUUUAGAUUAUUUAUUUUAUGGCUAUGCAUAACUGAAAAGAUAGUUUCUGUUGUAAUGGCCAUGUUAGUUGCUUGAUUUGUAAUUUUGGUAGGUAAUAGGAUGAAGGUUGGAUGGAACUGAAUUGUAGGUUAGGCUCCUUCUAUUUACUUAGGUCCCAGCAACCUGACAGAAGAGUAUGGAGCAGGUACAGUGAAUUUUUUUUGUGUGAUCAGCUGUGAUGAGUAAACAUUUGAUGCUGGAGUCAGAGACAAUCUCUGAAACAUCAGGUUUUUACUUUUUAUAUGCACAGUUGAUCACCCAGGAAGAAUUAAUUGCAUUUAGUAGCCAUAAAAAUAUUUGGAUUUCAUAUCAAGCAGAUAAUUAUGUAUAUGCAGUUCAUAGUUUUGGUAUUUCUCCUCACAUCUGUUUGGAAUAUGGUCAUAGGUGUUAGAUGUGAAUGGUUGGAAAUGGGUGUGCAUGGAAAUUUGCUUUGGUUGGCUGCUGCCUUUUACAUCAAAUUUUAAGUAAGUAUGGUAGUAGCCUCUCUUUAUUAAUGACAUUUAUUGUGUGCAUAUUAUCUCCUAUCUUUUUAGAAUUUUAUGUACUUCAUAACAUGUUUGUGAUGUUCUUUGAAUUUGUAAGACUGUUUUUUUAAUUGUCUUGCAUAAUUUGUAUAAGUGCACUGUUGAUAGUAUUUUUGCAGAGGGAAAUAUGUAUUUCCCAUUUUCCUUCUCCAAAAGUUCCAUAAGGUGUGCAUUUUUAAAAAAUUAGUUUACUUGUGAUGUUAUUUUUGGCCAAGUGGCUUUCAUUAGUGUACAUCUUAAUCCAAUGUUGGAUCUGUACCAAAGAAGUGGAUAAUUUUAUAAAAUCAUUAAAUAGACCUGAUGUAUUGUCAAGAAUGAAAGUGUGUUUUUCACAUACAAUGUACAAAUAUUUAUGUUGCUUUUAUAUUUUUAGAACUGUAUAUUUGUCUUUUACUUCUUGUCAGUACCAAAGUUGUGCAAACUUUUAACAUUGAACAAAUUACGUGUUAAGAACAAGAUACAUUAUGUGCACACAGUUUGAACCAGUCUUGUGAUUUUAAAUUUGACAUUUACUUUCUUCUUUUUUUAACAAAAUUAGUUGCUUCUAGAUUUGGCAGUAUGGUGACACCAGUACAAUGGCUAUAUUUGCUUCAGUUUGUGGUUAUGUUGAACCCAUUUUAUGUUGACAGGGGAUUGAACCAAAGCAUUAAAGUAAGAUCAAAGUAAUCAUUUAGGUAUGUUUUUUCCAUCAGUUUGCAGUCAACUAUAGAUAGGGUGUGCUUCAUCUGGAGAUGUAGUAAAAAGUAGUCUUAAUAGACUAUUAUUGUACUUGCAAUAGGAAAUCAUUUUGAUUAUUUAUACCACAACUCCAUUGUACAUACAAAUUUGUUAUUACAAUUGAAUGUUGAGCUGCUUGUACUCUGGUUGCUGAAAGUAUGGAUUUUAGUUUUCAUAAUACCACUUGUUAUUGAUAACCCCAUGACAGUAACGAAAUGUACCAACAUGACACACUUGAAAUGUCUAAAAAAAAUUAGUAUGAACAUCAGUUAUUCACAAAUUAUACAGGGAAGAGGGUAAGUUACAUUAUCUGCAUUAAUUUGAGAAAAGAUCUGAAUUGUUUAAGGCCUAAAUGUUAUGAAAAAAAUACAAAUUUUAUGAAAUUAUGGAUAAAAUCAUGGUGCAUUGUGUAGUGUUUAAGUAUGUGCCACAUUAAAACGUCAAAUAUCCCAUGCAGUAUUAGGGAGUGUUUUGUCCUGAGAUCUGACAUUUUGAAUAUGAGCUAUAUUCUGUAAGCUUUAUUUAGUCCUGACACAUAUGACUUAAAUUUGCUUCACAUGUUGAAAAGUGACAGGCUAUGAACUGAAUGGAUAGGUUUUGAUUGCUGGCUUUGGUUCUUAUUGCGAUGCCAUAAUGGCUCUAGGGUCUGCUGAGUUACAGGGAAGUUUGCUGGAAUGAAAUUGUAUAAUAUUAAUUCAUGGAACAUUGCUUUGGAAUUUAUGCUCUGUGUUGUUGUGAAGCUGAUUUUGAAACACACUUAAUUUGCUUGAAUUAUCACUCUGAAUACACUGACUACUUUGAUCUUCCACAUCUCUCCAAGUAAUAUUUGAUAAUUAUUAUGUAAGUUAGGAGAUCAUAAUUUCUCCAGAUUAGAAUGUGGUUUGGGCUCGUUGUUCAAAAUUUCAGUUAUUUAACUCUCUAAUAGAAAAGCCAAGUGAUAUGAGCUAUUUAAGAAUUACAAAGAUGUUUUGUAAAGCAUUGGUAGUACUUCUCUUCCCAAGAUAAGAAGCAGAAAGUCUUGAAAAUUAAAUACUUUAUACAGCUUACUAUCUCUUAAUACAUGUAUACUUAUACAUAUAUAUAUAUUCAGUAGAAUACAAUAUAAAACCAUUUUAGUAUCGGGUAGAUUUAGCAAAACGUGUCCCAUCAACGCUGUAUGAGUUUACUGGCAAGGAAAGGGUUGAAGAAGGUGUGUUAAUGAAACGUAGGAACUUUAAGUUUGAUUUAUGAGUGAUCCUAAUAACCCAUCACUAUUUUAAUUUGGCAUUCAAGAUUGAUGCAAAAUGUUUAGCCAUGUGGUGUUCAGAUGGCAGGUCCAUUUUAAAAUCCCUUUCUGAUGACUGAGUAGCUGACUUUUGCUGUUGGUUCCAUUCCCUGUCUGAGUGGCUGUCACAAAUUGUGAAUAAAUCUGGAAUUAUCAGGGUACUUGGAGGAGUGUUGAUGGUGCAAUAUUUUUGUGUUGUGUAGGUUAGUUCAUGAAGAAGAAACCUCGGGCUCAGAAUUGUGAAGUAUGGAAACAAACUGAUAUGUGAACUAAUCGUGUAUGUGUGUGUGUGUGUGUGUCUGUAUCUGUCGAUAUCGUUUGAUGUUGUGUACAAUGGUCAGUAUCUAAAAAAAUGAAAAAUGAAAAUCUCUCCCAAAAAAUCCUUUUCAUACUUGUCCAUUUACUGCAAGAACUAUUUACUACUAUCACUUUAUUAAUAUGAUUAUUAAUCUUAAUGAUUACUUCUUUGUAAAAGUUCUGUAUUGCAUUAUUUUGAGAAAAAGAGCAUUAAACAUAGUUUUCAAUUGUAAUUAGACACCUCUUUCAACUCUUAAUAUGGCCUUCAUAUCUUCCUUUUGUUCUCUGUACCAGAUUUACUUGAAUAUAUUGUGUGGUAAACUUACUGCAUAUGAAUAGCAUAAAUCCGUUCGUACAAAACAUAUGACAGUUUGCUUAGGGAUGAAAAUAUAAUUACCACAGUGAGGCAAACACAAAAUAAUAUUCAUUCAUAAAGUUAAGCAGCUCAAGUAUAUAAUGAAAUAUGUAGUUUAUGUUUAGAAAUCUUAAAAUAAUACAAAUAGUAGAAAUUAAUUUCAGUAUUUCAGAAUUGUAGAACCUUCUGAACAUUGAAACAUUCCCAUCUGCUUCAGAAUAAAAGGUUAAUGGUUUACAAAACAGUAGCUGUUUAAGAGGACGAGAUUUUCUCCCAUAAACUAGACUGGUAUAUUGUAUUAUAUAAGUUCUUUGAACAAGAAAAUAUUUAGACAGGUAAUAGUUAAAAUUAAAACUUAAUUAAGACACCAAUAUGAUCAGUAACACUACUGAUGUUAGGUUCUACCAUCAGUUCAUUACACACAUUAUACUAAUCCAUGCAAUGUAAAAAAUCAGCAAGCCGAUUUGAGGUUUAGAAAUAUCCUAACUACACAUACAUUUGAGUGUUGUGUGCUAGUGCCAAGUGAUCAUUAUAUUUGCCAAAUUGAAAAAUGUGUGUGUAUCUUAUGGAGGCUCAAGCAUGAAGCCAGAGCCCUUUCUAUGAAACCUUGAUUUCACUGUAAUUAUAUCACUUACUAGAUUUAAGAGGUUUACACAGUUGAGAUGUCUUCCAUAUAGCAUUAGUGUUGUUAUAACUUUACAGUAAAAUAAUUGUGGUCUGCAAGAAAAGACGUACCAGUGGCUCUGAAUCUAUGUAUCCUAUACACUGGGUAAUAGAGGCUCUUUCAUUGGGAUUAACAAAUAUUUGGUGGUUUAACUCCUGUCUCCUCUCUUUGUACAUUUUCAUUGUUUGGUGCAUAGGUUUUACUAUUUAUUGCGUAAGUGGGGCCAUAGAAGUAACAGUUAAACUGCAGUUUGGGGUUCAGAAUAGAAAAUGUGUAUUUGUAAUGUUCAUAAAUGUUAUUUAUUAUGAAAUGUCUACAUGCACAGUAAUAUUUAAAAUAAAGGAACAACUAGUAGC